GAAGCCAACAACUUGGACAACAAUGAGUGAUCAAGAAGACAAAGAAGUUCCUGAUGUAGAGGUUGACUACAGCAAGUACGAUGAGGAUAGUGUUCCAAUUCCGGAAAAGGAUAUCGAGGAAUCUCAUCCAGGCCGCCCGGAUUUGGACUAUGAUGAGACUCCAGUUGGACCAGCUCCAACUGAAUGCACCGAGGAGAAAAACGACUGAAUAUGCCACGUGGCAAAUACAAAUACUCCCAAUACAAUGAGGAUUGAGGAUGGAUGCGUUUCAAUGUGAAUUAAAAUUUUUCUCUUAAUUUUUUAAUGUUUCUUGUAAAAUUGUCAAAAUAAUCAUGGAUUGAAUGGAAUUUGAUGUAGAAUUUUGAAAGCAAUGAAUGGUAUCGGUGAAAAUUC